UACCGACGUCACGGGUGGGGCAUAUUUUCAGUUAUUCCAUCAGUUAAUCUUAGGUAUUGGUAAAGUGUAGUGAUUUUUCCAACCAUGAUCCUCACAAGAAUACAUUCAAACUCUUUUCAUCCAGAAAAUGAAGGAGCUAUUAUGUGGCCAUAUCGUACAACCCCCCUAGUACUACCGGGGGCAAAAGUGAAACCUGAUCAAACCAUCACUGAGUGUUACCUUCGUCAUCAUCCAAACCCAAACGUCAGAGCACGUCCUCACCACCUAGACGCAGACUAUUAUUAUAAACAAAAGGUUGCCGAUUCUGUACUACAAAGAAUUUCUACCGAUGAUCCUUCAAAGCAGGUGGUUCACAAGCAAUUUAAUUCUCCGAUUGGUCUCUACAGUGAUCCGAACAUAGCAGACACCCUUCAAAGACAAACCGGCGCUAACGUUUCUCGCCGUAACGUGAAAUACGAUCCAUCGAAAAGCGAAACCUACAAAGCGCUCCAAGAGCAAAGCUACUCCGAUCGCGUACACGAAGUGCCAGUCCCUCCACAAACCAGAAUUUAUACUCCAAUACCGGGCAAGAAACACCAUAACGCUACGCACCAUCAACCUUACCAGAACAAUACGAACUCAUUGGCAAGUCCCGAUGACGACGACAUCCAACAGAGCCACUCGUUCAAAAGACUAAUGUGGAGCGUCCUGCCCGAAACGGAUUACUAAACCCAUUUAGCCGAAAAUGUGAUGUUAACAUUUUUGUUUUAAGAAACAAUUUAGAAAUUCGUCUAACAACACAUUUUUGAAUUUUGUAAAUGCAAAAAAAACACCCUUGCAAACACGUAGAGCAAAUGAUGCAAUUUCUUAUAUCUAAGUUGUUGUUUUGCUUAGUUAUAUAAUCAUUCGCUUAAUAUUAACAUAAAAUUGUAUUUUUUUCAUUAACAUUAUCGAUGUUUUAUUUUUGAGAGUUUAUUUUUAUUUAUGAAAUAUUAUUAUACAUACAAAAAGGUACGAGUGAAAUCUAGUCAAAACUCUGGGCAUGGUCAGUGCCGCUUGUUAUUAGACUGUAAGUAAUUUUCUAAAAACUAUCCCAUGUAAUUAUAUUAUACUUUAAAAACAAGGAGUGUUGUAUAAGAUAUCUAUCAGCCUUAAAUAAAAAUGUAUUUAUUUUCA